UGUGUGUUGGAGAAAGUGUGUGGAGAGAUUGUGUGUGUUGGAGAGUGUAUCUGAGAGACUGUGUAUGAGAGAAAGGGUGUGUGUUGGGGGAGAGUGUGUGUGAGCAACUGUGUGUGUGAGAAAGAGAGAGAGAGAGAAAGGGCGUGUGUGGGAAAGGGGCUGUGUGUUGGGGGAGAGUGUGUGUGAGCGACUGUGUAUGUGUGUGUGCGUGUGAGAGAAAGGGUGUGUGUGGGAGAGAGGAUAUGCGUUGGGGAGUGUGUGUGUGGGGGGGAGACUGUGUGUGCCUGAGUGAGUGUGGCAGCGCACUGUCUCUUUAAACCGAGCACUCAGGAGCCGGAGCGCUAGUUCAGUACAGCAGCCGCCGCGGCUCCCAGCACAGACAGGCUCCCCGUGCCCCCAGCCCCGCUCAGCCGAGACCCACUCGGGCGCGGCCGCCUCUAGCAGCGGGCGAGCUCCGCCAGCGCCGCGCCGCGCCAGCCAGCCAUGGAUCCGCUUCCCAAAGAAGGGGAGCCUGCCCCGGCGGCGGCGGCGGGGGCCGGGGAGCCCAGCAGGGGCACUGCCUCCUCCAGCGGGGUGGUGGUGCAAGUCCGGGAGAAGAAGGGACCCCUGCGCGCUGCCAUCCCCUACAUGCCGUUCCCCGUGGCUGUCAUCUGCUUGUUCCUCAACACCUUCGUGCCAGGGCUAGGGACAUUCGUGUCUGCCUUCACUGUGCUGUGCGGAGCCCGGACUGACCUCCCCGACAGGCACAUGUGCUGCGUCUUCUGGCUGAACAUCGCUGCGGCGCUGAUUCAGAUUCUGACGGCUAUCGUGAUGGUUGGCUGGAUCAUGAGUAUAUUUUGGGGGAUGGACAUGGUCAUUCUUGCUAUUUCACAAGGUCCUACAGGAAUCCUGCAAGUGAGGCUGAAAGAUCAAAGAUGGCCUAGUCUCAGCAGUGAGUCAGAGAUAGAGCAGCAGCCAGCACUGUGAUGUGCAUCUGCUUGCUGCCCACCAGCCACCUGCUUGCAUGGACUCAGCUGGGAGGAAGAUCAAACGGGAGAAAGACUGUCCCACUCUCCCAGCUGUGAGCUCUAAGGGUCCACCUGGGAUGGGCUGGAAGUAAGACAUUAUCUGGCAGGCUCUGGAGUUUUUUGAUGGUGCGGACCCCAUUUAAAUCAGACCUUGCAAGCAGCGCUGGAAUGCAGACUCUUCAAAGAAUGCUGUGGAUUGCUGGUCACCAAGACAAGGCACCAGUGUGAAGACCAACAGAGGCUCAAAGACCACAUAGAGUGGGCUGCUUAGGAAAAGGCUCCUUGGGCAGCAAGUCUGAUAGUUAGUGAAGAAGAGUAACAGAGGAGAGGGAGGUGCAGACUUUAGGCAACUCCAAGAGUUCCUAUGAGGCAGAACCAAUUCCAGCAAGCAAGUCAGAAAGCCAAAUUGCCCACCUGGGAUCAAAGUGUUUAGUAGAAAAGGUAUGGUGUGACCUUGCAAUGCUAUAAGUGAAAGCAAAUCCCACAUUAGACAGAAGCCCCAGAACACAAGCUAACCCCUGACAAAGCCCAAAGUGCCCAAUUCAGAUCUGGUGUAAGUGAAUGCACUUUCACUAGAACAGUCCUCUGGCUCUCUACUGCUUUAGGAGAGUUUUCUGUUCUUUGAUUCCUAUAGACUGUUCCCUCCACAAAGGGCUUUCGCCCAGGCCUUGCACAGGGAUUCAGUAAUUGCCCUUUAGUAUCUAAAGCGCUUUGGGAUCAAAUUUGCUAUAUUAAUAUUAUUGUACUUUUAAAACACCCCUAGAGAAACACAACAGAAUUCAUUGAAAAGAAUAGGAAUAGUUAUCUUGAAAGAGAUUUUUUAAUGCAGUACCAGUUGAUUAUUUCCCCCUGAAGUCAUAACAUGCAGAUGACAUGCCCGAACUAAAACCCAAUGAUGGUGGUUAAGUUGAUACAUAUUUACACCCUGUCAGUUUCAUCCAUGUGCCUUUGAAAAAAAUCUUAUACAAAAUUCUUUGAAGAAAAAAAGAUCCACUUUAGCAAGAAAUUAGUGGCUGAGCUUGCAAGGCUGUACUCAACUUGAUGACAGGUUUCACAGUAGCAGCUGUGUUAGUCUGUAUUCGCAAAAGAAAAGGAGUACUUGUGGCACCUUAGAGACUAACAAAUUUAUUUGAGCAUAAGCUUUCGUGAGCUACAGCUCACUUCAUCGGAUGCAUUCAGUGGAAAAUACAGUGGGGAGAUUUAUAUACAUAGAGAACAUGAACAUCAACUUGAUGGUAGUUUUCUGUCUGUAAUGCACCCUCAUCCCUCCUUGAUGGGAGGGGGUUCUCAUUAUCUUGAGACUACAUGACAUGUAACAGGGUCACUCACCUCCCAAACACCCCCUCAUGGCCCAGGGUGGCAGUGCAGUUUCCCCUUCCCUCAGGCUCCUUAAUAACUCCACAAAGGAGUAUGUCCAAUAACAACACCCCUUCUUGCAGUCUGGUUUAUUAACAUAAACUUAAAAUAAAGUCUCUUCUCCCCCAAUCUCACACUUGGCACAGCCCCUCCUCCCUGGGGUCUCCCCAUCUUCAAGCUAGGCACAAUUUUUUAGCCCUCUCCAGGCUCUGGUCAGCCUCUCCCUCAGCCCACCCUGAGUUCCUUCGAACACUCCCUGCUCUCUUCUGAGUACCCACUCUUAGGCCUUCCUAUCUGGAGUCUUUCCCUGCUCCUUAUCUCUGCAGGAACUCCUGGGCCUUUCUUACCUGGUGAUUCCCGCCCCCGCUCAUAGCGUCCAAGUAGGCCUCUGAGUCUAAACCCAUAUACCAAGCCAAAAAUCUCAUGCUCUCUGGAGCUUCUGCUACGACUUCCUCUCCCAGUUCCCAAAAAGAGACCAGCUGCCCUCUAUCUGUCCCCCUUACAAGGCUAUUAAUGAGGCACAGUUGCGCUAGACCAGCUGCCUCUUAAAGGGUCCAGUCCACCCGGUGACACCAGGGAGGAAUGAAAUGAUAUAAUGAGGGGGUAUAUAGACCCCCUGGCACUGGGUAAGCAGAAGCUAACAGCUUCUGUAAUUCUCUAUAGACCAAAGAACCAGUUUAUGGCAGAAAUAAUCACCUUCCAGCAUAACAGCACCCUUCAUCGUAAUUUUAAAAGGUUAACACCUGCAAAAAAGAAAGUGCCUCACCCCAGGGCACCCAAUGAGGCAUUAAGAGUAUCAGUGGAUAUUUUUGCAAAUAAAACCUGCUGAUUCACCUUGUUGGCAUUUGAGACCAUUUUCUUUAUGUAUUCACCAUCACUCGGGUGUGCAGAUUUUAUUUGCCAGAAUAGGCAGGAAAAACAAAAGCAUCAUGCACACUUGCAAGAAUGAAUGCUUGCGAGAGUAUAUGUGCUAGAAGCACUCACACCUAGCGCUGGGAGGUGGGGACAGAGAAUGGUUUUCCCAUCCUGCAAAGGCUUUUGAGAUUUCAAACAUUCUGCAUCAGGACAACCUUUCAAACCUUUCAUAGUUUCUUGUGAAAAAACAGAGAGGAACCCUAUCCUAGAAUAGCCCACAGCUCAGUAGCUCAGGCACUCCUGAAAUGUGGGAGAUCCAGGUUCAAGUCUCUGCUAUGAAUCAGUUAGAGUAGGGACUGAACCUAGGUCUCUCACUUCGUAGCUAAUUGGUCUAGCACUGAACUAUUGGCUAUUCUCUUUCCCUUAUACUCUGGCUUUGAUCAGAAAUUCCAUCCUUGACCUGAGAACCCUUUCCCAAUGAGAGUUUCAUCAACGUUGGUACGUUACCACCAAAAGCUUUGCUUUUAUUGAAUCAGCAUUUCUGAGGGAAAAAAUGUUUAGUCAAAAAAUUCCUGACCAGUUCUACUCACAUCUCUGUUUUGCACAGUGGAUUCAGACAGUUACCCAUGCUCAUGGAUAUUUUGUAAACAGAAGAAGGGAUUCCCAACUAUUUCUACAACUGAAGUCAUCCAGUCAGGGAAUAGAACUGUUGCUGUGUGACUACAGUAAUCAAUCAUCUGGCUCAGAUAAUGAACAACCAAUGAACAGAGUGACCAUUACUUGAAACAAUGUUCAGUUAAAACUCAUUCAUGUUAAUAAUCCACCAAACAAUUAUGAACAUUGAACAAACUUAUACAAAUCACGAUCUGUUUGUGGAUAAUUUUCUAACAAAAAAUUAGCUGUAAUGAUGAAUGUACCAAGUUCUGCUUUGCAUCUUGGCAUCUGCUUCCUGUGUGAUUUCAUAGUUAAACUCCCUGUUUACUGACAAAAACAAUUGUCUACUUCUGUUAGCCCUGCCGAGCCAAUGUAUCUCUAGAGGAAUGAGCUGGAUUCUAUUCUGAUCUGCAAAAUUGUCAGCUAUGUUCUGAUUGCAGAGCUCUAUUAGUGGUGAUAAUGCAGAAGUAGGAAAAUACAUAGCUUGAUUUGCAAAUCCCAGGUUGUGUGUUUGCAGAACUGGAAAUUAGAAAACUAAUCAUUUGACCCAAACUGAGAAAAAUUGAUGCAGAAGCCAUUAAAUAAGCACCGGACGUCUUAAUGGUUUUCUAAGACGACUGCCCUUUGCAAUUUGGUUUUCAUGUUCCACACUCCCCAGCUUGAAGGACACAAAAAAUCACAACCUUAGUUCAAAAAGGAAAACACAAGGGACAACCCUAGGAUGGGUGGGUCAUCAUCAGAAUUUGAACCCAAGACCCUCAGCAGAGACUUCUACCAUGUGAGUUAAAGGAGUAACUACAUUAUCAGAGAGCAGAGGUAGACUAUAGCUACAGUGGAGCUGGAAGUUGUAAUUUCCUGGUUGGGCAGAUUUAUCCACAGUAGCUCUGAUCAAGCUAGCUUGCUAAAAAUAGAAGCGUAGCUGCAGCUGCAUGAGGGGCAGCUGCCAAAAUCUGUGCUUAGGGUUUCAGAGGAUCAUGCUUGUGCUGCCAC